AACCCCUAGGGUUUCCAAUCUCCUAUGAUAUAAACCUACUGAGCCGCCAUUUCCCCUCGUUGGUCUUCGGCGUCGAUCUCCUGCCUCGUCUUCUCUGCAGCAAUGGGCCGACGACCUGCGCGCUGUUAUCGCCAGAUUAAGAACAAACCAUAUCCCAAAUCGCGCUACUGCCGUGGUGUUCCUGAUCCGAAGAUUAGGAUCUAUGAUGUUGGAAUGAAGAAGAAAGGGGUUGAUGAGUUCCCCUUCUGUGUUCAUCUUGUGAGCUGGGAAAAGGAAAAUGUUUCAAGUGAAGCUCUGGAGGCUGCCCGAAUUGCAUGUAACAAGUACAUGACAAAGUUUGCCGGGAAGGAUGCUUUCCACCUACGAGUGAGAGUCCACCCAUUCCAUGUCCUUCGAAUCAACAAAAUGCUUUCCUGCGCUGGAGCCGAUAGACUCCAGACUGGUAUGAGGGGUGCCUUUGGUAAGCCACAAGGGACUUGUGCUAGGGUAAGUAUCGGCCAGGUGCUUCUCUCUGUUCGUUGCAAGGAUAACAAUAGCCAAAAUGCCCAAGAAGCACUACGCCGGGCAAAGUUCAAGUUCCCUGGCCGACAGAAGAUAAUUGUCAGUGGGAAGUGGGGAUUCACUAAGUUUAGUCGCAACGAUUAUGUGAAGUGGAAAAGCGAGAACAGAAUCGUACCGGACGGAGUCAACGCGAAGUUACUUGGCUGCCAUGGGACACUUUCCAAACGUCAACCUGGAAGAGCAUUCUUACAGUCUGCUGUUGCUAAAGCUUCUUAAGAAUGUCAUCAUGUUUCGUGGCUCCAUAUUUCUCUCUAUUAUAAUCUGCUUAGUUUUGCAGACAUUACCAGUUGUUUUACAGCGCGUUACUUUUGGGCAUGUAAUAACUAGUAUCAUCGGCAUUUUAAUUUUCGAGACAUAUGCUUUGUUUUA